AUGGUCAUCAGACCCAUGAAAAUGGCCGGAUUGAAGAUAGAGUACUGGUCGAAAAACGAUUCUUGUCCUGAGAACGAAUUUUGCGACAGGCGAAUGUCAAGAUUGACUAAUGGGUUGAGGGAUGCCCCGAACGUCUGUGACGCGAACAAGGCAAUAUUUUUGAGAGCAUUUGGACACACUUUUGGUGGAUUUGCGAGCUUCCAAAGAGGCCCAAUGAUGGACAUGAAAAAAGAGCUGGCUUUAGAAAGAUCUUCAAGCGAAAUCUUUACAACCCUUAAGGGACGCUCAGUGGCCUCUGCAUCGAGCAUUUCCUCUAACUUUGAUAUAGGAGGAAAAGCUACAAAAUUAGGCACUUGA